AUGGAACUUACCAUGGAGAGCUUGGGUACCCUGCACGGCGUGUCCCACUCGCAGGCCGGGGAGCUGAUGAGCCCUGCCCACGGCCGGCCGGCCGCCCACCGGAACCUGGUCUCCCACGCGCGGCCGGCCAUGGUGUCCAGCAUGGCCUCGAUCCUGGACGGCGCCGGGGACUACCGGCCGGAGCACAGCCUGGGGGGCCCCUUGCACCCGGCCAUGAGCAUGGCGUGCGAGUCCCCCUCGGGUAUGAGCCUGAGCGGCACCUACACCACCCUGACCCCGCUGCAGCACCUGCCCCCCAUCUCCACCGUCUCGGACAAGUUCCACCACCCGCACCCGCACCCGCACCACCACCCGCACCAGCGCCUGCCCGCCAGCGUCAGCGGCAGCUUCACUCUCAUGCGGGACGAGAGGAGCCUCUCCUCCAUGGGCAACCUCUACGGCCACUACCCCAAGGACAUGCCGGCCAUGGGGCAGCCCCUCUCCCCGCUGCCCAACGGCCUGGGCCCCUUGCACAACGCGCAGCAGCCGCUGGCCCCCUACGGCCCCGGAGGGCACCUGGCCAGCGACAAGAUGCUCUCCCCCAGCGGCUUCGACUCCCACGCGGCCAUGCUGUCCCGGAGCGAGGAGCACCUGGCCCGGGGGCUGGGCGCGCCGGGCGCCGGUAUGAUGCCCCCCCUGAACGCCAUGCACCACCAGGGGCACCACCACGGCCAGCCCAACGGCUCCAUCCUGGGCGAGCGGGAGAGGCAGGCUUCCGCCUCGGGCUCGCAGGCCGGCAGCUCCGGGCAGGUGGAGGAGAUCAACACCAAGGAGGUGGCGCAGAGGAUCACGGCGGAGCUGAAGCGGUACAGCAUCCCCCAGGCCAUCUUUGCCCAGCGGAUCUUGUGCCGGUCUCAGGGCACCCUGUCCGACCUCCUGCGGAACCCCAAGCCCUGGAGUAAACUCAAGUCCGGGCGGGAGACCUUCCGGAGAAUGUGGAAGUGGCUACAGGAGCCCGAAUUCCAGAGGAUGUCGGCGCUGAGGCUCGCAGCCUGCAAACGCAAAGAACAGGAGCAGCAGAAAGACAGGAACCUGCAACCCAAGAAGCAGCGGCUGGUCUUCACGGACCUGCAGCGCCGCACCCUGAUCGCGAUCUUCAAGGAGAACAAGCGCCCCUCCAAGGAGAUGCAGAUGACCAUCUCACAGCAGCUGGGCCUGGAGCUCAACACCGUCAGCAACUUCUUCAUGAACGCCCGCCGGCGGUGCAUGAACCGCUGGCAGGAGGAUGCGAGCGCCAACCCUGGGGUUCCCUCAUCUUCUACAAGCACUUUCUCCAAAGCAUGA